UAUAACAGAAAAAUAUUUUUGGAUAGAGAUUUAAACUUUAAAUAUUCUAUAAAAUCAUGUUCAUAGGUUUUAAGAAAUCCCUAUAUAAUUCUCUAUCCUCUAUUUUGUUGUUCUUAGAGAAGUUACUUUUAUAUUCUACAAUGUACAGUUAUUGAAUUGUAAUAGCUAUGUUGAGAUAGUUAUAAAUAUAUGUUACAUAAAUUUCUUCAUAUUUAUUUAAUUGUAACAUGCGUUAUCUUUGUAUCUUUAUCUGAAAUAAUCAUAAGAAAUUAAACUCGAUAAUUAAUGCUUUUUAAAUUUCCUGUAAUAUCAUUUGCCAUAUGUAGGGAUUUUAUUUUUAUAUCAGCGAGUGCCUUUCAUAGGGAAAAUGACGAUGUAGCAGAAGAAGUUUCCACCAUUCUCAUUAACGUAUUUGCCGCAGAAUAAAAAUCGUAAACGUUCAUUGAGUGAGUUGAAGUAAAUUUUCGAAUUUAGAAAUGUUAAAGUUUUUAAAUUUAUACAUUUCAUUUUCUAUAAUCGAAGGCAAGCGGUCUGGGUAGUUACGGAUAUGUUACUGCAAGCGAAAAUGAACUAUUAAUAGUACAUACCGUUAAUUGUAAAUUUGCAAAUGUUUUACAUUUAGUCUUUACAAAAUAAAGAUCAUCUUUAAAUUAAAAGAAUCGUCUGAGUAAGUUUCUAAUCAUAAGCAGUGUAUUCCUGUCUGACCAAUGUCAGGUUAAUACUACUUCAUACAAUUCGAAACUCGUAUAAAAGUGCUUGCAACGAACCACUUUCAAAGUAACGUUGACAAAGCUUGAAAUAACAUUGCAAUAUCCAUAUAAAUGCUACAAAUUGUUCGCAAAAAGUAAAAAUUACGAGACGACACAUAAAUAAGAGGGUACAACUCAUCGCGCAUGCUUAGUAGAUGCGCGCCAUUAUACUAUCGUUCGAUCGAUAUACCACGUGACGUCAAACUCGAGCGCACGUUAACGCAGUUGUUUCGCGCACGAAAAGAAGGUGCGAUCGGUAACGCGUUUCAUUUCUAUUCACGCACGAAUCUACACGCAUUUCGUACGCAAAUAUUUACACGCGCGCGGACUUCGAUCGGUUUCCAAGUAAUUAAUGAUCGCGCCCUUAACAUGCAUCGCGUCUCGCCGCGCAUGCGCGGUGGUUCGAGAGCAGACUCACGGCGCAUACCUGUCGUUGAUUGGUGAAGACGCACGAUCAGACAGCGAGUAAGCCAGUCGGCCUGAGGUGAGCAUGGGGAGAGCACGUGUCGUUUACAUUGUUGCGCGCGAUUCGGCAAGCUUAUACGUCGAUUCACACGACUCUUCCACCACCACCGACGCUUUUGUCACCAGUGGGACGCAGGAAGCCGCUAACGCCACCACCAGCGUCGCUACUACCACCGAGAACAAUUCUUUGGCUUCCCCUCCCGUGGAGCGGGUUGACAGCACGAAAAUCGCGGUACCCUCGCGUACAUCGAGUACAGUGCCCGCGAAUGCGAGAUACAUCAGCGUGCAUCCUCGGCCUAUCACGAUGUUACUCGCGGUGAUCGCGUUCCUUUGCGCCGGCACCAGUGCCGAGAUCUUCACAAACACUUUUCUCGUGAAGAUGAGGCAACCUGCCGAGAGACACGUCGCUGAUCGCGUGGCUAUCAGGAAUGGAUUCGUCAACCUUGGACCGGUAUUGGGCAGCCAAACGGAGUACCAUUUCGUGCACAGAGCUCUGCCGCACGCACGAAGCAAAAGAUCUGUGCCGCACAUGAGAAGAUUGAAAGUAGACCCUCUGGUGCACACGGCGGUGCAGCAGCCUGGAUUCAAGAGGGUGAAGAGAGGCUACAAGCCGCUCAGCGUGGAUAAUCUCGUGCCCCUUUACCAAAUUAAAAAUCCAGAGAAUCCAGUCAACAGAGACCCGUCGGACCCUUAUUUCCAGCAUCAGUGGUACCUGAAAAAUACCGGGCAAAAUGGCGGGAAACCGAAGUUGGAUUUGAACGUGAAGGCAGCCUGGGCUCAAGGCGUUACCGGGAAAAAUGUUACCACCGCUAUAAUGGAUGAUGGUGUCGACUACAUGCACCCAGACUUAAAAUACAACUACAAUGCCAAGGCUUCUUACGACUUCAGCAGUAACGACCCUUACCCUUAUCCGAGAUACACCGACGAUUGGUUUAACAGCCACGGCACCAGAUGCGCCGGCGAGGUAGCAGCCGCACGAGACAACGGCGUGUGCGGUGUGGGUGUCGCAUACGACUCGAAAGUCGCCGGCAUUCGAAUGUUGGAUCAGCCUUACAUGACCGAUCUGAUCGAAGCUAACAGCAUGGGACACGAACCUGACCUCAUAGACAUUUAUAGCGCCUCAUGGGGACCGACGGACGACGGCAAGACGGUGGAUGGGCCAAGAAACGCGACGAUGAGAGCCAUCGUGCGAGGAGUUAACGAGGGGAGAAGAGGGUUAGGAAACAUUUACGUUUGGGCAUCCGGAGACGGCGGAGAAGAGGAUGACUGUAAUUGCGAUGGCUAUGCAGCCAGCAUGUGGACUGUCAGCAUUAAUAGCGCAAUCAACGACGGGCAAAAUGCUCAUUACGACGAGAGUUGUUCGAGCACCUUAGCCUCCACGUUCAGCAACGGCGCUAAGGAUCCAAAUACAGGCGUGGCUACUACUGAUCUUUACGGUGAAUGUACCACGACUCAUAGUGGGACAUCCGCUGCUGCACCGGAAGCUGCUGGGGUCUUCGCUCUUGCUCUUGAAGCUAAUCCGCAGUUGACCUGGCGAGAUAUCCAACACCUCACGGUGUUAACGUCGAAGAGAAAUUCCUUGUUCGACGCGAAGGGAAGAUUCCAUUGGACGAUGAAUGGAGUGGGUCUGGAAUUCAACCAUUUGUUUGGUUACGGCGUGCUGGAUGCUGGCGCGAUGGUGGCCUUGGCGAAGAAAUGGAAAACUGUACCGCCACGGUAUCACUGUGAAGCUGGUUCCGUAUUUGAAACUCAGGAAGUGACGAGCGACCGAUCGAUCCUGUUGAAAAUAAAGACUGAUGCCUGCGCUGGCACCGAGUACGCCGUCAACUAUCUGGAACACGUGCAGGCCGUUAUUUCCGUCAAUGCUUCACGACGGGGGGAUCUGGAGCUGUUCUUAACUUCUCCCAUGGGCACCAGGUCGAUGAUACUCAGCCGGAGAAUAAAGGACGACGAUCACAGAGAUGGCUUCACGAAAUGGCCCUUUAUGACGACUCACACCUGGGGAGAAUAUCCCCAGGGAACUUGGCUGCUGGAGGUGAGCUUCAACACUCAGACUCCGCAGAAAGGAUGGAUCAGGGAGUGGACUCUGAUGUUGCAUGGCACCAGAGAGCCACCUUACACCGGACUUCCGGCAGCUGAUCCUCACUCGAAACUGGCGAUCGUCAAGAAGGCUCACGAAGAACGUUCGACCGCGAUGUAACCACUGCGAACUCCAUGAUUCCGAGGAACGUUCAUAUCGAGAGAGAACGAGAGAAAGAGAUAAAAAUAGAGAGAGAGAGAUACGUUUACGCGACUAGUCUUUAUUAUUUAAGGAUCUCAUUUUUACAGGAUGUGAAAAUUCGAACGCAAUCGCCAUGUCGUGUUUCCGUGAUCGUUCGCUUACUUGUACCAUCAAGCUUCGUGUUCUUCGACCAUUUUUAAUUACGUUCGAAUUUUUCAACGAUUGUACUGUUCACAGUUUUGUGUGGUAACACGUUGCCUGGAAAUUGAUAGGUUAUUAUUAAUGUUAAUGGAUACGCGUUUUAUUAUAACUAGAUAUUUAUUAUUAGUGAUGGACACAGGAGAGGUGUGAUUGUUUUGCAAAUGUCAACACGUUGAUUGCCAUAAAAUGUGUAGCAAAGCAAAGAUUAUUUAAACUUUCUACUAUCAUAUGUUGUUGGCAAUCGGUACUUGAAUAUGGUGUUGUUACUGUACUUUACUAAUGGUAAUUAUACUACUAGUACAGUAAGUAAUUGUAUAGUACUUGUAUCAGUAGUAUAGUAAUGAUAUAGUGAUACAGUAAUUAGUAUUAGUACGUUACUAAUACUAUCCAACUUUUCUCCUUUUACUGCUUUGCUUUAAGGACUGUACUUCUAUUUAGAAAUAAUACAAGUUUCUCAUAUUUAAUACACUACAUUCAUAUAUUAUUCAAUCUUCCUCGCUCUAAUUUAAUCUAUAUUAAAACUUGCAUAUUAUACUCAACAUAAGUGAUACCUUCAAGGUUGAAUGUUGAACAAACGUUUAACACUAAUUGAAAUAAAAUUAGCACUCUUGAUAUGAAAUGGCUGGUGCCUUUAAACAGCGUUAAUCUAAAACAAGUCUCUAAAACUAAUCAGCAACCAGAACAUAAAUUAUAUGAAACUUAGGGUGCAGACAAAACGUAACCAUAAUGAUCUUCAUGGCAGUCAACGUGUUAGUCUUACUUUACGUACAAUUCUCAAUAUUGUAAACUUCUUUCAAGAACAUCUUAUCAAGCUACUUAAUUAAACUACAGUAGCUGAAGAUUGUAGACACCAAAGAUCUCUAUUUUGUUCUCUACAAAACUUUCUUCGAUUCAGAAAAGAAAUGUCGAAUGAAGAGAGGGGUUUAGACCGCCAACAAAACAAACAAGAAAAGUAUUAUCAGAGUAAAACACAGUUAAUGCCAAAGAGUCUCUGCUGGGAACAAUAAAAAAUCAUUCGGUAUAGUCCUCGCAACUCGACGAGCCCGUCCGUAUCAAACGAUGAAUUCGUAGCCGAGUUUUUAGCGCGUGUCGAGUUGAGAGGCUGCUUUAGUAAACGGAAACGAUCAGACGGGAACACUGAUGGUCCACGCGUGCCAACGUUUCUUUCUUGAUCUCUCAGAGAAAGCUUCGCGAAGAAUACGAAUUCUUUUGGAUAAUAUAUCUGUCGUAGACUAUUAGAUGUUCAACUAUAUAUAUGUGUGUGUAUGUAUACACAAGUAUUGGCUUUUACAGAGGACGUUGUGUGCAAGGUUUACCUCUCUAAGUGACACAAGAUUUUACAAGGACUUUUACAGAUUUAUGAAAUUAUUGGAGAUGAAUAUAUUGUUUCUUGUUAAUUUUUGAACAACUGAUUAUUGAUAAACUCUACAUAAUAUUCGACCAAUAUACUUUCAUCUAUAACUAUGUAUAAUUAAUGAAAGUAUCAUUUACAAGUUUCUCUGCCAAAUUAUACAAAGUCUUCCUAACCUUUGUGCAAGAAUUUUUAGUAACUAUAUGUUCCUCUCUUGAACAAAUUAAAUUGAUAUCCUCUAGAAAAUUGCAAGUACAUAUCGUUGUCUUAAGAACAUUAUUAAAAAUAUUGAAGACUCAAAUUCUUCCUGGCCAAUCAUAUCAUAGUCUGUCAUAUGUUAUGUUCACUAUCUUGCCACUUAGGGAGGUAAUCUUGAAUAUGUUUCUUUCAAAAUUUUAUAUAAAUAAUUAACUGUUUUUUUAACAUAAAAAAUUAGUGCUUAAAGGACUGUACUUCGACCGUCAGACGUUUCUGUCUUCGAUACACUAAACAUAUCCAUCUCGGAUUCUUCGCAUUACGCACAAAAUAUUUCUGAUAGUAAUUUGUACGAAAUUCACUUACGUGGCCAUAAGUAUCUAGAUAUUUUAAAUAUCCUUUCUUUGAACAUUUUUAAUUGAACCUGGAGAUUUUUGGCUAUUGCCAUAAUAUGCGAGGUCAAAGACCUGUUUUAACAUUCUUUGGAAGAAAUCUACACGUGUUCUACGUUCGCACGCAUGGACCACAAUCGAGGCUUUUAUACAACCUAAUUUCAUAAACUUUAGCUGGUAUAAUUUAUUAAACUAUGAUGUUACUGCGAAAUUUACUUUACUGUUAAUUUUAUUACUUAAUAUUUAUUUUGU